UGUUAAUAACAAAGUUAGUAAUAUUGUCUAGCCUUGUGAUUUUAGUGACGGGGCGGCGGUUGAAAGGCAUCCACAAUGACUACAUAGAUUUAGUAUGGCCGGAUAAAUACUAUUGCGAAGCAACAAAAAUGUACCUUGCUGCAAAUUUGAUUGAAAAUUUCAAGAUAUGGCACACUGAAGAACGAUCAAGAGUCGACUAUAAUAAUGGCGCAGUAAAAACCAUAAUAGUCUCAAGCAGUUCAUGGUGGAGGCGUGGUACCAAAUACGAUAUUUUCCCAAAAACUACUGACAAAGAAGAAAAUGCGAUAACUUGCGAAUACACAAAAGGGUCCAGGUAUAGUCCGGAAACUCCGACAGACCUCCUGCCAAGUACAUAUGAAUCAUAUGAAGCAGUAGAAAAUGACACUAUAUUUGGGGAGCGAGUUACUAAGUUUUUCGCUGAAAAAGAAGACGAACGUUCGAAGUACAAGUUGACGCUAUGGGCCAAAUUUGACUCCGAUUAUGGAUACUGGUUACCUAUCAAAUAUGAUGAACAAGUGUACAACACCUGGUUAGGGUACAUGGACCAUCACGAUAUAUGGGAGUUCUUUAAUUACGAGAAAUACUUUGAUGAUGACGUCUUUAACAUAUCUUCUUACGGUUGUGUCCCAGCCCGUAGCGCUCUAGACAAGGAGGUCACGCUUAUAGAUCCCCUUAAAAAAGAACAUGUUGACCGCAUGUUUAAUGCGUAUAAACAAAAGCACAAUAAAGUGUACCAGAAUGAUCAGGAACACGCCAUGAGGAGGAGCAUCUUUCAAAAAAACAUAAGAUUGAUCGCCGCGAAAAAUCGUCAGAACCUUGGCUACAAGCUGUCACUGAAUCAUUUCGCUGACCGAACCCCUGAGGAGAUGAGGAAGUACACUGGCCUCGUCAGACGUCGGGCGAGGCAGCCAGGCAACAUUCCGUUUCCUUAUGACGACUAUAAGAUCAAAACUAUUGUGGAGACCUUACCCACUGAGUAUGAUGCACGUCUUUUGGGACUGGUGACAAAUAUUAAAAAUCAAGAGGACUGCGGCUCGUGCUGGACCUUCGCCACCACCGCCGUCGUAGAAGGCGCCAUUGCCAAGAGCAAUGGUGGGAAACUCGUCGCACUCAGCAACCAAGCCCUGAUUGACUGUGCUUGGGGCUAUGGUGCCGAGGGUUGUAACGGUGGAACUGACGAUGAAGCCUACCAGUGGAUCAGGGAAUAUGGCCUACCCACUGAGGAAGAGUAUGGCCAAUACGCUAACAGGAAUGGUUAUUGUAAUAUCAACAACAUGACGACUACGUACAAAAUCAAGGGUUAUACAGAUAUAACUCCUAACAGUGUCAAUGCUAUUAAGGUGGCUUUAGUUAACCAUGGUCCAAUAACAGCGUCUGUUUACGUGAACGAUGAAUUCUCUUUCUAUGCUGGCGGAGUCUUCUACAUCUCGGAAUCCGAGUGUCCAAAUAAUUCACAGAACCUCAACCAUGAGGUGGUAAUCGUGGGUUACGGAGAAGAGAAUGGAGACACUUUCUGGAUCGUCAAGAACUCCUGGGGGCCGACUUGGGGCAUCGACGGAUACAUGCACAUCUCCGCCAGGGACAAUGUGUGCGGCAUUGAAGCUGAACCAACUUACGUUGUUGUUUAGACUGUGUCGCUUUCAGUCAUACUCUCGAUUUAGACUGUGACUGACUGUAUUGUUUAGACUGUGCAAUUUUCCCGCCGAACUUGUUUGUCACAAGAGGAUUUGAAAAAAUGUAAUUAAUAAAUUUUAGAAAUACUUACGUAUUCUAACGAAUACGUUUAUUAAAUGUAAAUGGGCAUUUCAUUUUAGCUGGCAUAUUUCAGUAAGCACGUGAAAUUUUUAUUUUUAAAUAUACUUUCAUA